GUGAUUGGCAGUCCUUUUUUUUUUUUUUCCAUAUUUUCUCUAGUUCUGUUAUAUUUAUAUACAAAUAUCAUGAACUAUGGGAAUUGAGGAGAUUGAUAAACUUGACUAGCUGAUAUAGAACAAGUUGUGUUUAUACUGUUUGAUCAAAGUUCCAAUGAAAUGACGUGUUGCUGUUUCACAUUCAUGACAUGACCUUGGAUAUAUAUCCAAUACAAUCUUAUCGUGUAAUUGGUUUUCCUGUUUAGGGCCUUUGAGCUUCUUAAGUUGUAAACAUGGCAUUGGCUUCUUCUGUCAAAGUGGUUCUAGGCUCAAUUGCCUUUGCAACAUUCUGGAUAUUGGCGGUGUUUCCUGCUGUCCCUUUUCUGCCAAUUGGGAGGACUGCAGGGUCUCUUUUAGGGGCAAUGCUGAUGGUUGUGUUCCGAGUCCUAACUCCGGAUCAAGCCUACGCUGCAAUUGAUCUCCCAAUCCUUGGCCUUUUGUUUGGGACAAUGGUUGUGAGUAUCUAUCUUGAAAGAGCAGAUAUGUUCAAGUAUUUGGGGAAGUUGCUCUUGUGGAAAAGCAAAGGAGCAAAGGACUUGAUAUGUAGAGUCUGUUUGAUUUCUGCCAUUUCAAGUGCUCUUUUCACCAAUGACACCUCUUGUGUGGUUUUGACUGAGUUUGUACUAAAAGUUGCAAGACAACACAACUUACCGCCUCAUCCAUUCCUGCUUGCACUUGCCUCAAGUGCAAAUAUUGGGUCUGCAGCAACCCCAAUCGGCAAUCCUCAGAACCUGGUUAUAGCUGUUCAGAGUAACAUUCCUUUUGGAAAGUUUGUUUUAGGAAUUUUCCCUGCAAUGCUUGUAGGAGUUUGUGUGAAUGCUUUGCUUCUUUUGUGUAUGUUCUGGAAGUUGUUGUCUAUCCAGAAGGAUGUGGAAGACGCAACUGGAGAGGUUGUCGAGGAGGAUGAUGUGAUUUCUCAUCGGUUUUCACCAGCCACACUGUCACAUAGUGCAUCCUUUAACUCUCAGGAGCUGAACUCCAGACUAGAAGCCAAGAGUGUGCUAGGUUCUCCAGUUGUUGAGAACCUUAGGAACCGUGUGCCUUCAGCUGAGACUGAGAUCAAGAGGGUUUCUAGUGCUGGUGCUUUUGAGUCUGCAAGAAAUUCAAGUGCAUCAAAGACUGAGGAGACAAAUGAUGUGGCUUCCCCCAAAAAGGAGGAAACAGUUGCUCCGAAAAGGACUCCAUCAAAGGAAAGACUUAGAGAUACUUGUACUACUACAGAGUCUAUGGAAGGAAAGCAAAAUUUGAUCACAAAAUGGAGAAGGAUGUUGUGGAAAUCUGGCGUUUAUUUUGUUACGAUAGGAAUGUUGGUUGCGCUUCUUAUGGGCCUGAACAUGUCAUGGUGCGCAAUUACUGCUGCACUUGCUCUAGUUGUUCUUGAUUUCAAGGAUGCUUGGCCAAGCCUAGAAAAGGUAUCCUAUUCACUUUUAAUUUUCUUCUGUGGUAUGUUUAUAACUGUGGAUGGCUUCAACAAAACCGGCAUUCCAAGCACUCUUUGGGACUUCAUGGAGCCCCAUGCGAAAAUUGAUCAUGUUAGCGGAAUAGCAGUUCUUGCUGUUACCAUACUUGUACUAUCAAACGUGGCUUCAAACGUGCCAACUGUUCUCUUGCUUGGAGGACGAGUGGCAGCAUCCGCGGCUUUAAUAUCAGCAGCAGAUGAGAAGAAGGCAUGGCUGCUUCUAGCUUGGGUGAGUACCGUGGCCGGUAACCUCUCGCUAUUGGGAUCAGCAGCCAACUUGAUAGUAUGUGAGCAGGCUCGCCAAUCCCCACACCUUGCAUACAAUUUGUCAUUCUGGAGCCAUCUCAAAUUUGGGGUGCCCUCCACUAUUAUAGUCACUGCUAUUGGUUUGACACUGAUUAGAUGACAUUGGUGGUAAUACAAUAAUGAUUCUGUGAAUUUUAUGCCCAAAGACGAAGAUCAAUGUCAGUUACACCAGAAAGUGAUGUGUUUCUUUGAAUGUGUAUAGUGUUUUCACUGUUUUGAUUCAGAGAAGGAAGUCAAAAUUAUGUAUAUGGAUUUCUGAAC